AUGAGCGCACGGGGGGCCGGCCACAGUGCCGGGGCAGGCUGCGAUGUGGCCGCGACUCGGGGCCCCGCCGAGGCGCUGGGGACGGACGAAGGGGAGCCGCCGGGGGCACUGAGGCCGAUGUGGCGCUACCGCUCCUGGGACGUGCCACAGAUCCCCGCCGAGGCCCUGCGGACACAGAAAGCCAUCACCAAGUCCGGCCUCCCGCACCUGGCUCCUCCCCCGCCGGCCCCCGGGGCCCUGUGCGGCGAGCCUGAGCGCCAGAUCCGGAGCACCGUGGACUGGAGUGAGUCAGCAACGUAUGGGGAGCACAUCUGGUUCGAGACCAACGUGUCGGGGGACUUCUGCUAUGUUGGGGAGCAGUACUGUGUAGCCAAGAUGUUGCAGAAGUCAGUGUCGCGGAGAAAGUGCGCAGCCUGCAAGAUCGUGGUGCACACCCCCUGCAUCGAGCAGCUGGAGAAGAUAAAUUUCCGCUGUAAGCCAUCCUUCCGGGAAUCGGGCUCCAGGAAUGUCCGUGAGCCAACCUUCGUGCGGCACCACUGGGUGCACAGGAGGCGCCAGGACGGCAAGUGUCGGCACUGUGGCAAGGGCUUCCAGCAGAAGUUCACCUUCCACAGCAAAGAGAUUGUGGCCAUCAGCUGCUCCUGGUGCAAGCAGGCGUACCACAGCAAGGUGUCCUGCUUCAUGCUGCAGCAGAUCGAGGAGCCGUGCUCGCUGGGGGUGCACGCGGCCGUGGUCAUCCCGCCCACCUGGAUCCUGCGCGCCCGGAGGCCGCAGAACACCCUCAAGGCGAGCAAGAAGAAAAAGAGGGCGUCAUUCAAGAGGAAGUCCAGCAAGAAGGGGCCCGAGGAGGGCCGCUGGAGGCCCUUCAUCAUCAGGCCCACCCCGUCCCCCCUCAUGAAGCCCCUGCUGGUGUUUGUAAACCCCAAGAGUGGGGGCAACCAGGGCGCCAAGAUCAUCCAGUCCUUCCUCUGGUAUCUCAACCCCCGACAAGUGUUUGACCUGAGCCAGGGAGGGCCCAAGGAGGCGCUGGAGAUGUACCGCAAGGUGCACAACUUGCGCAUCCUGGCGUGUGGGGGUGAUGGCACGGUUGGCUGGAUUCUCUCCACCCUGGACCAGCUGCGCUUAAAGCCGCCGCCGCCUGUGGCCAUCCUGCCGCUGGGUACCGGCAACGACUUGGCGCGUACCCUCAACUGGGGCGGGGGCUACACAGACGAGCCCGUGUCCAAGAUCCUCUCCCACGUGGAAGAGGGGAACGUGGUGCAGCUGGACCGCUGGGACCUCCGCGCGGAGCCCAAUCCCGAGGCCGGGCCAGAGGAGCGAGACGAGGGUGCCACUGACCGGCUCCCCCUGGAUGUCUUCAACAACUACUUCAGCCUGGGCUUCGACGCCCACGUCACGCUGGAGUUCCACGAGUCCCGAGAGGCGAACCCCGAGAAGUUCAACAGCCGCUUUCGGAACAAGAUGUUCUAUGCCGGGACAGCCUUCUCGGACUUCCUCAUGGGCAGCUCCAAGGACCUGGCCAAACACAUCCGGGUGGUGUGCGAUGGGACAGAUCUGACCCCCAAGAUCCAGGACCUGAAGCCCCAGUGCAUCGUUUUCUUGAACAUCCCCAGGUACUGCGCGGGCACCAUGCCCUGGGGCCACCCUGGGGAGCACCAUGACUUUGAGCCCCAGCGACACGAUGAUGGCUACCUCGAGGUCAUUGGCUUCACCAUGACAUCUCUGGCCGCGCUGCAGGUGGGCGGGCACGGCGAGCGGCUGACACAGUGCCGCGAGGUGCUGCUCAGCACGUCCAAGGCCAUCCCAGUGCAGGUGGACGGUGAGCCCUGCAAGCUGGCGGCCUCCCGCAUCCGCAUCGCCCUGCGCAACCAGGCCACCAUGGUGCAGAAGGCCAAGCGGCGGAGCGCCACGCCCCUGCACAGCGACCAGCAGCCGGUGCCCGAGCAGCUUCGGAUCCAGGUGAGCAGGGUCAGCAUGCACGACUACGAGGCCCUGCAUUACGACAAGGAGCAGCUCAGGGAGGCUUGUGAGUGGCAGCGGGGCUGGGCCGAGGAGCGGGAAGGGCAGCGGGGGCCCAGGGCCCCGCCAGCUGCUGACACGGUGCUCCGUCCUCCAGCUGUGCCGCUGGGCACCGUGGUGGUCCCAGGAGACAGCGACCUGGAGCUCUGCCGAGCGCACAUCGAGAGGCUGCAGCAGGUAGGGAGUGCGGGCCGGCCGCCUCCGUGCUGCCCCUGCCGGCCGGCUCCUGACCCACCCCGGCCUUGGCUUCUCUCCCAGCAGGAGCCCGAAGGUGCUGGAGCGCAGUCCCCCAUGUGCCAGAAACUGUCCCCCAAGUGGUGUUUCCUGGACGCCACCACUGCCAGCCGCUUCUACAGGAUCGACCGUGCCCAGGAACACCUCAACUACGUGACUGAGAUCGCACAGGACGAGAUCUACAUCCUGGACCCCGAGCUGCUGGGGGCAUCGGCCCGGCCUGACCUGCCAACCCCCACCUCCCCACUCCCCAACUCACCCUGCUCACCCACGCCCCGGUUACUGCAAGGGGAUGCCACGCCCCCUCCAGGUGAGGAGUUGAUUGAAGCCGCCAGGAGGAACGACUUCUGCAAGCUCCAGGAACUGCAUCGAGCGGGAGGCGACCUCCUGCACCGUGACGGGCGGAACCGCACGCUGCUGCACCACGCGGUGAGCGCUGGCAGCAAGGACGUGGUCCGCUACCUGCUGGACCACGCCCCUCCAGAGAUCCUCGAUGCCGUGGAGGAAAACGGGGAGACGUGUCUGCACCAGGCGGCCGCCCUGGGCCAGCGCACCAUCUGCCACUACAUCGUGGAGGCCGGGGCCUCCCUCAUGAAGACGGACCAGCAGGGGGACACACCCCGGCAGCGCGCCGAGAAGGCUCGGGACACGGAGCUGGCCGCCUACCUGGAAAACCGGCAGCACUACCAGAUGGUCCAGCGGGAGGACCAGGAGACGGCCGUGUAGCCGCGAGGCCCGCCCCGGGCACAGGGGGCACCGACCAGCCAGAGGAGCAGCGCCCUCCCUGCCCGCCUCACUGCCACAUUCCAGUCGCAUGGCCCCGGGGGGACCCGUGUCCCAGGGAAGGAGCCCCAUGCUGCGCCCACCCAGGGCAGGACUCUGAGGAGCACGGGGCGGGGGUCACCUGUCCACCCCCGCACACACCCAGACCCCAGCCCAACCCGGAGACUCGCAGGGAGUUAGGAAACGGGUUGGGCUGGACGGGCCUGUGCAGGGGCCGGGGCUGGCCCCUCGGGACAGCAGAUGCCCGGCUUGGACGUCGGGGCGGGGCUGGGGGCUGGAGGCCCCUCCCGGGAGGCUUGGGGCUGAGGUUCCCCAGGCACCUGGCGUCCAGCGGCCCGCUCCUGCACGACCCCCUCCCGGGCUUCUUCCCGGAGACGCGGAGCCCGCUGCCCUGCUUGGCACCCGCCGCGUGACCCUCCCCAGCACCCAGGCGUGUCGCCGCGGACUGCGUGGCCGGGGUGGGGGCGGGGCUCUCACGGUGACAUGUUUACAGCUGGGUGUGACUCAGUAAAGUGGAUUU